UGAACCGCGAGAGGGAGGUUUUCAGGCAGGUAGACAACAUCCUGUUGUUCGGGCGCUCCUCUCUCUUUUUUGCACAUCUGGCUGAACUGGGAGGCGGGUGGCUGACUCGUGUUGGGUUGCGGCGGCAGCAGCAGCAGCAGCGGUGGCAUCUGUCCGCUGCCGUUCCACGCCUAGGUCCUCCCAAGAGUUCCCCAGGCCAUGGAGGCGGUGGCUGUGUAUCAUGGCAAAAUCAGCCGGGAGACGGGGGAGAAGCUCCUGCUUGCCACGGGUCUGGACGGCAGCUAUUUGCUGAGGGACAGCGAGAGCGUCCCGGGAGUGUACUGCCUGUGUGUUCUGUAUCAAGGUUACAUUUAUACAUACCGAGUGUCUCAGACAGAAACAGGUUCUUGGAGUGCUGAGACAGCACCUGGGGUACAUAAAAGAUUUUUCCGGAAAAUAAAAAAUCUCAUUUCAGCAUUUCAGAAGCCAGAUCAAGGUAUUGUAAUACCUUUGCAGUAUCCAGUUGAGAAGAAGCCCUCAGCUAGAAGUACACAAGGUGCUACAGGGAGAAGAGAAGAUCCUGAUGUCUUCCUGAAAGCACCAUGAAGAAAAAUAAAACACACCUUGUACUUUAUUUUCAGUAAUUUAAAUAUAUGCUAAGUCUUAUAUAUAAUUGAUAAUACAGUUCAGUGAGCUACAAAAGUAUUUCUGAAACCAUCAUAGUCCUGUAAUGGAAGCAUCUAUAGCAUGAUGUUAAAGCUGAAAUGGACUUUUUGGAUAAUGAGGAGCUUUGAAAUGAGGAUUGGGGAAAAAUAAUUCCACAGGUUAUUUUCAGUUAUUGUAUUUACAAAUGGGAAAUGACUUAAAACAUAAUGAUACUUUAUAAAAGAUUAAUGUCAAUUCUUGCCAAAUAUAAAUAAAAAUAAUCCUCAGUUUUUCUCAAAAGCACCAUUUUUAGUGAAAUAUUAUUUGAUAGCUACUGAUUUUAAAAUGUCUUGCUUGAUUAUAUGGCAGGAAGCUGGUUCGUGUCCCUCAUCUUUGUCAUGUGCGGUUCUACAUUAGGUAUUAUGCUCUCCAAUAGCUAUAGUGUUAUAGGCUCUCUGGGGAUAUAUGAAACUGUGCACUGUGUGCUAAAAACAAGUACUAGAUAGAGAGUGAAGAAUUUCUGUUUAAUUCUGAAAGCAACCUUCUUGCCUAGUGUUCUGACGUUGGACAGUAAUAUCCACAGACCAAUCUGUAGUUUAAAAUUCCCGUAAUUUAAAAUAUGCUCUAAAUGUUUAUUAUAUUUGAUGCUAUAGGAUUUGAAAUUAUAUUACAAAUCUGAUGAAGUGGACUUUUCUUCUUUUCAUUUACCUCUGCCCCAGUAGUUGUCACUCCAUGUAAAAACAGCAGCUGCGGCUCAUCAGCUGUGGCUCAUGAGUAGCUGAUUUACAAGCAGUCUCCCUAUCAGGUCGCCCUACAAGACCAUUGGAAGCUUACAGGUUACAUUAAUUUUUAACAAUUCCAAGUAAUUGUAACCUAAGUGAGAGCCAAGAUUGUAGGCAGUGAUGGGUAUUGGUAUUUUCUUCUCACAUUUAUAUUUUCAUGACUCUUACAAUUCAAUUAUAUGUCAAGUUGCUUCGGGCCUCAUAGAAUUCAUUCACCAGCAAACACAAUAGGCACUGGGGUAGAGAAGUAAAAACACCUGGCCUCCACGCUCAGGUAGCCCCCUGCCUAGUUGGACAAGAAAACAAUAGCAAUAAAAGACAAUAAAAGAAAAUAACAAUAAAAGACAAGAAAAUAACAAUAAAAGGUGGUAAGUACAUGGUAAGUCAGGGUCCCAACAUGUAGGUAGAUCUUUUUUUUAAAGGUUCUACUCCAUUUAUAGUUAUUAUAAAAUAUUGGCUAUAUUCCCUGUAUUGUACAAUAUAUCCUUGUAGCUUAUUUUAUACAGAAUAGUUUGUACCUCUUAAUCCCCUACCCCUAUAUUGCUCCUCCCCCUUUCUCUCUCCCCACUGGUAAUCAAUAGUUUGUUCUCUAUACCUGUUCUCUAUACCUAUAAAAAUUUCUUUUUUAAAAUAUUCACUAGUUUGUUGUAUUUUUGAGAUUCCACAUAUAAAUGAUCUCAUACAGUAUUUGCCUUUCUUUGUCUGACUUAUUGCACUUAGCAUAAUACCCUCCAAGUCCAUCCAUGUUGUUGCAAAUGGCAAAAUUUCCUUCUUUUUUAUGCCUGAGUAGUAGUCCAUUGUAUAUAUAUAUACCACAUCUUCUUUAUCCGUUCAUCUGUUGAUGGACACUUAUGUUGCUUCCAUAGCUUGGCAGUAAAUAAUACUGCUGUGAACAUUGGGGUGCACGUAUCUUUCAAAUUAGUGUUUUUGUUUUUUUCGGAUAUAUACCCAGAAGUGGAAUUGCUGGAUCAUAUGGUAGCUCUAUUUUUAGUUUUUUGAGAAACCUCCAUAUUGUUUUCCACAGUGGCUGCACCAAUUUACAUUCCCACCAACAGUGUACAAGGGUUCCCUAGGUAGAUCUGUCUUUAAAGGAAGAAUGAGUUAACCCAAUACUCUGGCCCAUGGUCCAUAGGAAGCUGGUUCAUUAUAAGUUUCAUUAUAAACCAGUAACUUGGAAUUCUGGGUUGUAUGUGAGAGGUGGUGAGCUUGGUUAAUAAUUAGCGAACUGCCAAGAGACAAAGCUACUCUCUCUGCUGGCAACAUCUGAUUUCUGAGCAUUUAACCUGGAUGCUCUGGGAGUGCAAAAGUGGGGUAUAGCCACAAUGAUGUAUUGUGCUCCAGUUACCAUUUCUGGAAGUAAAAGCAUCACUUUAAUUUGUAAAGGAAUUCAGAAAGCUGACUUUCCAAAUAAAAUGCAUAUGUUUAGAUACUUUUUAAUUAUUUGUAGCUUGGGUUUAAAUUUUAAUAGGUGUAACUAAUUUUUACUCUAAUUUGUUCAUUAUGGAAUAAUCCUAAAUAUAGGAAUUGUUUGCAUGUUCCUUUACCAGGGCCUUUUUUGAAUUAUUUAUGUUUUCUCAUAUUUUAAUAAAGUAUUUGAAAUCUU